AAGAACAUGAAUCAGCGGCAGCGGCGGCGGCGGCGACGGCGGCGGCUGUGGAAGGAGCGCGGUGGCCCGGGAGCGGCCCCCGGGACCCCGCGCUGCUGACGGCUGCGGCGACUCGCGGCCGACGCGGGUCUCAGAGACACCGGCCCAGCGCCGCCCCCCCGGGCGGGCCCCAGCUCCUCCCGCGGCCCUCCUCCUCCUCCUCCUCCUCCUCCUCCUCCUCCUUCUCCUCUCCUCCUCUUUCCUUUCCCUCCUCUCCACGCUCGCGGGCCCGGCCCGGCAUGGUGCGGCGUCGCCGCCGAUGGCGCUGAGGCGGAGCAUGGGGCGGCCGGAGCUCCAGCCGCUGCCGCCGCCGCCGCCGCCGCUGCUGCUGCUGGUGGGUCUGGCCUCUCUGCUGCUCCCGGAGUCGGCGGCCGCAGGCCUGAAGCUCGGAGGAGCCCCAGUGAAGCUGACAGUGUCUCAGGGGCAGCCAGUGAAACUCAAUUGCAGCGUGGAGGGGAUGGAGGAGCCUGAGAUACAGUGGGUGAAGGACGGGGCUGUGGUCCAAAGUUUGGACCAGAUGUACAUCUCUGUCAGCGAGCAGCACUGGAUUGGCUUCCUCAGCCUGAAGUCAGUUGAGCGCUCUGAUGCAGGCCGGUACUGGUGCCAGGUAGAGGAUGGGGAAGAAAUUGAGAUCUCACAGCCGGUGUGGCUCACAGUAGAAGGUGUGCCAUUUUUCACUGUAGAGCCAAAAGAUCUGGCAGUGCCACCCAAUGCCCCUUUCCAACUGUCUUGUGAGGCCGUGGGUCCCCCUGAACCUGUUACCAUUAUCUGGUGGAGAGGAGGCACGAAGAUUGGGGGUCCUGCUCCCUCUCCCUCCGUUUUAAAUGUGACAGGUGUGACCCAGAGAACAGAGUUUUCCUGUGAAGCUCACAACAGAAAAGGCCUGGCCUCUUCACGCCCAGCUAUUGUUCACCUCCAAGCAUUGCCUGCAGCCCCCUUUAAUAUCACAGUGACGAAACUCUCCAGCAGCAAUGCUAGCGUGGCCUGGAUGCCAGGUGCUGAUGGCCGAGCUGUGCUCCAAUCCUGCACAGUCCAGGUGACACAGGCCCCAGGAGACUGGGAGGUCCUGGCUGUAGUGGUCCCAGUACCACCCUUUACCUGCCUGCUCCGGGAUCUGGAGCCUGCCACCAACUACAGCCUCAGGGUGCGCUGUACCAAUGCCUUGGGGCCCUCUCCCUAUGCUGACUGGGUGCCCUUUCAGACAAAGGGUCUAGCCCCAUCCAGUGCUCCCCAGAAUCUCCAUGCCAUCCGUACAGACUCAGGCCUCAUCCUGGAGUGGGAAGAAGUGAUCCCUGAGGGCCCUUUGGAAGGUCCCCUGGGACCCUAUAAACUGUUUUGGAUUCAGGACAAUGGAACCCAGGAUGAGCUGACCGUGGAGGGGACCAGGGCCAAUCUGACAGGCUGGGAUCCCCAGAAGGACCUGAUUGUGCGUGUGUGCGUCUCCAAUGCAGUAGGCUGUGGGCCCUGGAGUCAGCCAUUGGUGGUCUCUUCUCAUGACCAUGAAGGCCAGCAGGGGCCUCCUCACAGCCGCACAUCCUGGGUGCCUGUGGUUCUGGGUGUGCUGACAGCCCUGGUAACAGCUGCUGCUCUGGCCCUCAUCCUGCUUCGAAAGAGGCGGAAGGAGACACGGUUCGGGCAAGCCUUUGACAGUGUCAUGGCCCGAGGGGAGCCAGCUGUUCAUUUUCGGGCAGCCCGGUCCUUCAAUCGAGAAAGGCCUGAGCGCAUUGAGGCCACACUGGACAGCCUGGGCAUCAGUGAUGAACUGAAGGACAAACUGGAAGAUGUGCUCAUCCCAGAGCAGCAGUUCACUUUGGGUCGGAUGUUGGGCAAAGGAGAGUUUGGUUCAGUGCGGGAGGCCCAGCUGAAGCAGGAAGAUGGUUCCUUUGUGAAAGUGGCUGUAAAGAUGCUAAAAGCCGAUAUCAUUGCCUCAAGUGACAUUGAAGAAUUCCUCAGGGAAGCAGCUUGCAUGAAGGAGUUUGAUCAUCCACAUGUGGCCAAGCUUGUUGGGGUGAGCCUCCGGAGCAGGGCUAAAGGCCGGCUCCCUAUCCCCAUGGUCAUCCUUCCUUUCAUGAAGCAUGGGGACCUGCACGCCUUCCUGCUUGCUUCCCGGAUUGGAGAGAACCCUUUUGUGAGUGCCUGGGGUGGGAGUGGCCAGGAGGAAACUGGUAGGAGAACAAAGCCAGGAAUAGGACAAAGACCCUGGAAGAGCAGGGGCUUGAACCUGCCCCUCCAGACCCUGAUCCGGUUCAUGGUGGACAUUGCCUGUGGCAUGGAGUACCUGAGCUCCCGGAACUUCAUCCACCGAGACCUGGCUGCUCGAAAUUGCAUGCUGGCAGAGGACAUGACAGUGUGUGUGGCUGACUUUGGACUCUCUCGAAAAAUCUAUAGUGGGGACUACUAUCGUCAGGGCUGUGCCUCCAAAUUGCCUGUCAAGUGGCUGGCCCUGGAGAGCUUGGCUGACAACCUGUAUACUGUACACAGUGAUGUGUGGGCCUUUGGAGUGACCAUGUGGGAGAUCAUGACUCGUGGGCAGACACCAUAUGCUGGCAUCGAAAACGCUGAGAUUUACAACUACCUCAUCGGCGGGAACCGCCUAAAACAGCCUCCUGAUUGUCUGGAGGACGUGUAUGAUCUCAUGUACCAGUGCUGGAGUGCCGACCCAAAGCAGCGCCCAAGUUUCACAUGUCUGCGAAUGGAACUGGAAAACAUCCUAGGCCACCUGUCUGUCCUGUCUGCCAGCCAGGACCCCUUGUAUAUCAACAUUGAGAGAGCUGAGCAGCCUACUGAGGAAGGCAACCUGGAGCUGCCCUGUGGGGAUCAGCCCAGCAGCAGGGCUGGGGAUAUCAGUGGCAUGGGGGCAGUGGGUGGCACCCCCAGUGACUAUCGGUACAUUCUCAGCCCUGGAGGACUGGCUGAGUUGCCUGUACAGGCAGACCAGCAGCCAGAAAGCCCCCUCAAUGAUGCCCAGAGGCUGCUGCUACUGCAGCAAGGGCAACUGCCCCACAGUAGCUGUUAGCCCACAGGCAGAGGGCAUCUGAGGCCAUCUGGCUGGCUCUGCUAGCCACUGUGCUGGCUGAUGAAACCCCAUCUGACCCCAGCCCCAGGCAGCAAGGUAUGGAGGCUCCUGUGGUAGCCCUCCCAAGCUGUGCUGGCACCUGUUUGACCAAAUUGCCCAAUCCCAGUUCUUCCUGCAACCACUCCAUGGCCAGCCUGGCAUUAGUUCAGGCGUUGGCUUGGAGGAGGUGGGCCAGACCUGGUUGCCUGAACCCAGGCAGCUGGCGGGUGUGUGUGUGGGGUGUUUCCAUGGUUACCAUGGGUGUGGAUGGCAGUGUGGAGGGGGGCAGGAUAGAUCCAGCCCUGUGGGUGCCUACCCUCCCAGCUGAGCUGCCCCUGCUGCUUUAGUGCAUGCAUUGAGCUGCCUCCAGCCCAGGGGCUCAGCAAUGCCCACCGUGCUUGGGGUUUAAAUGCCAGUUUGCCCUUCCAAGUCACAGAGAGAUGCCCUUGUACUAUUAUUCCCUUUUAGGUAAGAGUUGGUAAGGGGUUGGUACAGUUGGGUCCCAAGCCCUGUGGCAAGAGAUGGUGGGACACUCUCAGGUCUGAAUCCUUACUGAUUCUCCACUCUGCCUGUGCUGGGAAAGGUGGUAGGGAGGGUGCUUCCCUGAAGUCAGCCUACCCUUCCACUGCAUGCUACCAGGGGCCCAUCUUCUGAAGGCAGUGUGCUGAUCUGGCUAGAGGCACUGAGGGCUGGUACAGGAAUCCAGGGACAGUGAGGUGGGAAGAGUUCAGGAGCCCUUCUCCAAGCUCUCCCACAGUCUGAGCAUGCUACCAAAUCCCCAGAUAGUCCAAGACUACUAACAAAGGCAGCUGUAUCUGAGCCCAGCUCUUCCCCACAGCAACCCCUUAGUCCCACCCUCCCCCGACCUCCCUCCUCAACAUGACAUCCUCUUCUGUCCCAAGUCCUCAGAGAGAAAAUAGGCCCUACGGCUGGUGUGGAUGAGGGGGGAGUUCCUGGAGCUUGGACCCCAGUCCUGACUGGGGGAGCCCCCUGGAAUGCAUGGGGCGAGCCCUUCCCUUUAGGGACAUUUCCAAACUGUUAGUUGCUGUUUAAAAGCAGAAAUAAAAUUGAAGACUAAAGAAGUAAGGCUUUGUCUUUUAAAUGUUUACUUUUUUUCCAUGUCACAAAAAUGAGGCAUCUCUGCAUUGAGAAAAAUCUGGAAAGACACAUGCCAGAAUGUUAACAGCUGUUAUCUUUGUAUGUAAUUAAGGAAACUUUUUUCCUUCAUGUUUUUCAAGUUUUCUGCAUUGAGCACAAAAUGCUUUUGUAAUUAGAGAAGACUCCAAUGAAUUUCACCAUAGGAUGAUACAUUGUAGACAAUUAAGAAAAUGCAGAAAAUCAUAAAAAAAUGCCAAUUACCUGUAA